AUGAUGAAACUUCACCCCGGUUGGCACACGGGUCUCGAUGGCUACUUUAUGAUGUACCUGACGAAAUGGAAGCGGGCAGCUGUGCUCUUAUUGUUCAUCUGGAUAGCUGUCACAUAUCUAGUCAUAUCGCCUCUAAGAUGCGACAGCAGUUCAGAGGAAUCGAUUGAUUUCCAGGAGAGAUUGAAGACGGCGUCUCUACAGCUGGAACUUCUAAAACAACAGCACAGUAACUUGAUAUCACAAAUAAAGAAAUCUUCAGGAUUGAAAGUUAAUCUAAACGAAAUAGAUGCAGCCGAGUUCCACAACGGCGGCGGGCCGUCCGAGGAGUACGAGAAUCUCAGGAGGAGAAUAUACUCUAAUACAAAGGAAAUAUGGUACUUUAUCAAUCACGAGCUGACGAAGCUCGUCAAAGACGACGUCCAGCCGGAUAAGGUGCAAGCGAUUCUGGACCAAGUUGCUGAUAGAAAAAGAUCACUGCUAUCAGAUCAAGAGAAACUCCAAAAAUUCGAUGGUUACGAGGAUUGGAGGCGGUCUGAGGCGAGUGAGGUCAGUGACCUUAUUCAGAAGAGGCUGAAAUACCUACAGAACCCACCAGACUGUAGGGACGCUAGGAAGGUCAUAUGCAACUUGAAUAAGGGUUGUGGUUUUGGCUGUCAGCUUCAUCACAUAGUGUACUGCCUGAUCUUCGCGUACGCUACUGAGAGGACCCUCAUAUUAAAUUCUAAGGGUUGGAGGUAUAAUAACAAGGGUUGGGAGUACGUGUUCCACCCUAUAUCAGAAACUUGCACCACCGCUUAUGAUGACAAGGUGGUGCCCUGGCCAGGUUCGAUCCUUACAGCGUCGUACGACGCGAAGGUGGUGUCUCUACCAUUCAUCGAUUCUAUAUCACAGAAGCCCAAGUUCCUACCACUUGCUAUACCUUCCGACCUCGCUCACAGGAUAGUCCGUUUCAACGGUGACCCGUCGUCGUGGUGGAUCGGUCAGAUGCUCAAGUACGUGUUGAAGCCUCGCGCCGCCAUGCAGAAAGCCAUCAACGAAACAAUAGCUAAGAUGAACUUCAAGAAUCCCAUAGUCGGAGUACAUAUUCGUCGCACAGACAAAGUGGGUACAGAGGCAGCCUUCCACCACAUAGACGAGUACAUGGUACAUGUGAAGGAAUACUACAGAACCUUGGAAAUGACUACUCAUGUGGACAAGAAGAGGGUCUAUCUGGCUACGGAUGACGCUAAUGUAUUGCAAGACGCGAGGAACAAAUACAAGGAGUACGAAUUCCUUGGGGAUCCUUCUAUAGCGAAGACAGCGGCCACUCAUCGUAGAUAUACGCCUUUAUCACUCACCGGCCUAUUAGUAGAUUUACAUAUGCUAGCCAUGUGUGACUAUAUAGUGUGCACAUUUAGUAGUCAGGUGGGUCGCGUAGCUUACGAGAUGAUGCAGGCCAAUCGACCUGAUGCAUCAGAUAGUUUCCACUCGCUGGACGACAUAUACUACUUCGGCGGACAGAACGCUCACGACAGGAGGGCGCUCAUGAAUCACGAGGCUGGGGGGCAGGAGAUAAGCUUUCAGGCUGGUGACUUGAUCGGUAUCGCCGGCAACCAUUGGAACGGCUUCGGUAGGGGGACAAACAAACGGACUAAUUUGAACGGCCUCAUACCAUGGUAUAAGACAGCGGACCACCUCGUCCUGUAUCCAUUCCCCGAAUACAAACACAUACAAACGGACACGCGACAGAAAGACUUAUAA